AUGCCCCUGCCUGAACGUACUAAACAGUACUCCCUUCUCAACAUAUGGUGUGUCUCGUUGGCCCUCAAAGCCCUCCUCUCCAUAGGCUACCAUUCUACAGACUUUGAUGUCCACCGCAACUGGCUAGCCAUCACACAUAACCUUCCCGUGGCCCAGUGGUACUUGGAGAAAACGUCGCAGUGGACGUUGGAUUAUCCGCCUUUCUUUGCUUACUAUGAGUGUGUGUUGCUGUACUUGGUGCCUCGGUUUGUCAGGGACGACGGGUGCCUUUCCAUCGUGGAGAAGGGCUUGUAUAGUCUUCCGACGGUGUUCUUCCAGCGGCUUUCGGUGGUUUCUUCUGAGGUGGUGUUGUUUUUGGCUUUGCAAUGGUACGUGAAGAGUGCCAGGUCGAACCAGGAAGCGACUAGGGCGUACGUGGUGGCUCUGAGUCUUGUGCUUUCGCCUGGCCUAUUGAUAAUUGACCAUAUCCAUUUCCAGUAUAAUGGCAUUCUUUAUGGCUUUUUGGUGCUUAUGAUCAAUUGCGCCAGGUUGGAAAAGUACUUGUGGUGUGGCUUUUGGUUUAGCGUGCUUCUUUGCUUUAAACAUAUCUACUUGUACUUGGCGCCGGCGGUGUUUGUGUACUUGCUUCGUGCUUAUUGUCUUAAUUUAAGCUACGACAGGAGAAAGAGCUUUGCUAAUAACGCUGUGCGUCUUGUGAGGUGGAAGAACCUUUUCAAGUUGGGUUCUGUGGUGAUUGGCGUGUUUACCGUCGCUUUUGGACCGUUCAUCUACUACCAUGUUAUUCCAGAAAUGGUGGAAAGACUCUUUCCGUUUAGCAGAGGCCUUACACACGCGUACUGGGCUCCAAACGUUUGGGCAUUGUACUCUUUUCUCGAUAGAGUGCUUAUUCAGAUCUAUAAGAGGGUUCCGCUUUCGAGAUUGCCUCUCCAGAGAGUUCUUCAAUUUGAACCUUCCCUUUUGGAUAACAAAAAGUUGCUCCUGUCGUCUACAAGAGGCAUUGUUGGUGAAAUUGAGUUCCUCGUGUUACCUACCAUCACCCCACAACUCACCUUCUUGCUUACGCUCUUCUACCAGUUCAUGGCGCUAAUCCCACUCUUCCUUCAACCUACGUUUGAACGGUUUAUCGGCGCCUUGACGUUGUGUGGAUACGCUUCGUUCCUCUUUGGCUGGCAUGUUCAUGAAAAGGCCGUGUUGAUCAUCAUUUUCCCGAUUUCCUUCCUUGUCACCAGAGACAAGAGGCUUUUGAGCAGCUUCAACCUUCUUGCCUCGUGCGGCUACGUGUCUUUGUUCCCGCUUAUCUUUACCAGCGAAGAGUGGAUUAUUAAGGUUGUGUUUACGCUUCUUUGGUACAUUAUUUUCUACUUCCACUUUAGAAAAGUUGUUCGUGUGCCUUCCCAUUUGGCUGAGCAGUCAGGCUUUAUGCUUGAAAGAGUCAGCAACCUUUAUAUAUUAGGUCUUUUACCGGUGGUUUUCUUCACGAGCAUGAUUGACCUUUUCCAGCAUAAGUUCGAGAUUCUUCGCCAGCUUGAAUUCUUGAAACUCAUGAUCUACAGCGUCUACUGCGGCUUUGGCGUUAUUAGCUCCUGGAACACCUUCAAUUGGUUAUAUUUCGUUGACGAAACGAUAUGGGAUCCUCUUAGUUAA